CUGACACCAGCCAAUAGGACACGUUCCUGGUGCCAGUUUCCCGAACAGAAACCCUUGAUUGGUUGCUAGGGGCACGGUCGGGCCAUCUCGCUGUCUUUGCUCCGUCGUUGCUGUUGUGCUGUCAGCCGGAGCGAGGAGGCGAAACAACCGCAAAGACGGACGGACGGGUGAAAACAGGCCAGACGAACCACACAAAAGCAGGCUGAAUAGAUGUCGCAAGAUGGCCCAGUGACCGCACACGUCGACGUCGAGAAGCUUUGCCGGUGGGACUGAAGACGCCCGUCCCAUCUGUCACAGCAAGCCAGGGAGAGAGAAAAGCUCCCGUCGUCAUGGCGCCCGUCAACGUGGACCCGGAGAGCAAGCCCGGCGAGUUUGUCCUCAAGAGCCUCUUUGCCAACUUCACACUGCUGUCUGAGCGCAAGAUUCGCAUCAUCAUGGCCGAGCCGCUGGAGAAGCCGCUCAACAAGUCUCUGCAGAGAGGAGAGGAUCCACAGUUUGACCAGCUGAUCACCAGCAUGAGCUCCCUGGCAGAGUACUGCCUGCCCUCCAUCCUUAGGACACUCUUCGACUGGUACAAGCGGCAGAACGGCCUCGAGGACGAGUCGCAUGAGUAUCGACCCCGCGCCAACACCAAGUCGAAAAAUGAUGAGCAGCAGAAGGACUACUUGCUGGAGCGGAGGGAUUUGGCCAUUGACUUCAUCUUCUCACUGGUGCUCAUCGAAGUGUUGAAGCAGAUCCCAUUGCAUCCCCUCCUCGAUGGACUCAUCCAGGAAGUGAUCAACUUGGCCUUCAAGCACUUCAAAUACAAGGAAGGGUAUCUGGGACCCAACACGGCCAACAUGCACAUCGUGGCCGACCUCUACGCGGAAGUUGUGGGAGUGGUGGCCCAGUCCAGAUUCUCGGCCGUUAGGAAGAAGUUCAUCUCGGAGCUGAAGGAACUGCGACAGAAGGAGCAGAGCUCCUACGUCCUGCAGUCUACUAUCAGCCUCAUCAUGGGCCUCAAGUUCUUCCGCAUCAAAAUGUACCCCGUGGAGGACUUUGAGGCCUCCUUCCAGUUCAUGCAGGAGUGUGCGCAGUAUUUCCUGGAGGUGAAGGACAAGGAUGUUAAACACUCUCUGGCCGGACUCUUUGUGGAGAUUCUCGUGCCCGUCGCUGCUACGGUGAAGAAUGAAGUGAACGUGCCGUGCCUGCGCAACUUUGUGGAGAGCUUGUACGACACCACGCUGGACCUGUCCUCCAGGAAGAAACACUCCCUGGCGCUGUAUCCUCUGGUGACGUGUCUGCUGUGCGUGAGUCAGAAGCAGUUGUUCCUCAGCCGCUGGCACAUUUUCCUCAACAACUGCCUGUCUAACCUCAAGAAUAAAGACCCCAAGAUGGCCCGCGUGGCCCUGGAGUCGCUCUACCGCCUGUUGUGGGUUUACAUGAUCCGAAUCAAGUGCGAGAGCAACACUGCCACACAAAGCCGCCUUAUGUCCAUCACCUCCACGCUCUUCCCCAAGGGGAGCCGCAGCGUGGUCCCACGAGACAUGCCACUCAAUAUCUUUGUCAAGAUCAUCCAGUUUAUCGCGCAGGAGAGGCUGGACUUUGCCAUGAAGGAGAUCAUCUUUGAUCUUCUGAGUGUGGGGAAGCCCACCAAGGCCUUCAGCCUUAAUCCAGAGCGUAUGAACAUCGGCCUACGAGCCUUCCUGGUCAUCGCUGACGCCCUGCAGCAGAAAGACGGCGAGCCUCCCAUGCCCAACACGGGGGCCACGCUGCCCUCGGGCAACUCUCUGAAGAAGAAGAAGACCUACCUGAGCAAAACCCUCACAGAGGAGGAGGCCAAGCUCAUUGGCAUGUCCUUGUACUACUCGCAGGUGCGCAGGGCGCUGGAUAGUGUCCUCAGGCACCUGGACAAGGAGGUAGGCCGCUGCAUGAUGCUCACCAGCGCGCAGAUGCUCAACAAAGAACCCGAGGACAUGAUCACGGGUGAAAGGAAGCCCAAGAUCGACCUGUUCCGGACGUGUGUUGCUGCCGUUCCUCGGAUCCUUCCCGACGGAAUGUCCAAGCCCGAGCUCAUUGACCUCCUUUCACGACUUACGGUGCACAUGGACGACGAGCUACGUCUUAUUUCCCAGAAUUCCCUUCAGAGCCUCUUGCUGGAUUUCGCCGACUGGAGGGAAGACGUGCUCUUCGGCUACACGCAUUUCCUGCUGCGCGAGGUGCAAGAGACCCAGCAGGGUCUUCAAGACGCGUCUGUGAAGCUCUUGCUGCAGCUUCUCACUCAGUGGAGGCUGGCGCUGCAACUACAGGGGAAGAUGCGAGGCGGGGUGGAGGCGAGCCCCAGAAUGUCUGAGCGGAGCCCGCACUGCUCGGUUCUUCACGCCGUGGAAGGUCUGGCUUUGCUGCUACUCUGCUCGUGCCAGAUAAGCACCAGGAAGCUAGCGGUGGGCGUGCUCAGAGAGAUUCGAUGCCUGUUCGCCGCGCUCGGGCACGCCGAGGAUGAAGACAAACCCAUGAUCGAAGUCAUGGACCAGCUGAGUCCGGCUGUUCUGGACAGCUUCGUCCACGCGGCCGUCUCCGACUCGUCCACGCUACCCAUGAGCCACCACGUGGACCUCCAGUUCCUGGUGGAGUGGACGGCACGACUGGUGAGCAGCUCUUACGACGUGAAGAGCCCCAGCCACGUGUGGAUCUUCGCCCAGUGCCUGAAGGACCCCUGGGUGCUGUGCCUGCACAUUUUCCUGCGCCAGGAACACCUGCCAAAGCACUGCCCGGUGGCCCUGAGCUAUGCCUGGCCCUACGCCUUCACACGGGUGCAGCUGCUGCUGCCUCUCAUCGACCCCAACAGCCCGGUCAACACAAAGAAGACCAGCACGGCCGGCUCCUGCGACAACUCCAUGUCUCUGUGGCGGAACUACCUCAUCCUGUGCCUUGGGGUGGCUAAGCCCAGCAUCAUGUCGCCCGGACACCUCCGGGCGUCCACGCCCGAGAUCACGGCCACCACACCCGACGGCAGCGUCACCUACGACAAUAAGGUGAUCGGCACGCCGUCAGUUGCCUGGCUUCUCAAGCAGCUCGUUCCGCUGAUGAGAACCGAGAGUCUGGAGAUCACUGAGUCUCUGGUGUUGGGCUUUGGCUGCACCAAUGCCCUCGUCUUCAGGGAGCUGAUGGAAGAACUCCAUCCACUCAUGAAGGAGGCUCUAGAACGUCGACCUGAGAACAAGAAGCGACGAGAGAGGAGGGAUCUUCUUAGGCUGCAGCUGCUGAGAAUCUUUGAACUGUUGGCCAACGCCGGUGUCAUCAGUGACAGCACCAACGGAGCGCUGGAGCGCGACUCGCUGGUGCUGGGGGCCUUGUUCCUGGAGUAUGUGGACCUGACCCGAAUGCUCCUGGAGGCGGAGAACGAGAAGGAGAUGGACGUGCUCAAAGACAUCAGAGCUCACUUUAGCAGCAUGGUGGCCAACCUCAUCCAGUGCGUGCCUGUUCAGCACCGUCGCCUCCUGUUCCCCCAGCAGUCUCUCCGCCAUAACCUCUUCAUCCUCUUCAGCCAAUGGGCCGGGCCCUACAGCGUCAUGUUUACGCCCCUGGACCGCUACAGCGACCGCAACCAUCAGAUCACUCGCUACCAGUACUGCGCUCUGAAGGCCAUGUCGGCCGUCCUGUGCUGCGGUCCCGUGUUCGACAACGUCGGUCUGUCCACCGAUGGCUACCUCUACAAAUGGCUGGACAACAUCUUGGCCUGCCAAGACAAGCGGGUUCACCGUCUGGGCUGUGAGGUGGUGAUUCUGCUGCUGGAGCUGAACCCGGAGCAGAGCAACCUGUUCAACUGGGCCGUGGAUCGUUGCUUCACCGGAUCGUACCAGCUGGCGUCCGGAUGCUUCAAGGCCAUCGCCGCCGUGUGCGGGAACAGGAACUACCCGUGUGACCUGGUGACGCUGCUCAAUCUGGUGCUGUUCAAGGCGUCAGACACCAGCAGGGAAAUCUAUGAGAUCUCCAUGCAGCUGAUGCAGGUGCUGGAAUCCAAACUACGUGCGUACUCCAAGCGCAUGGUGGACCAAAAGCCUGGUAACAUCUUGUACGGCACACAUGGGCCUAUGCCGCCUCUCUACAGUGUCAACCUAUCGCAGCUCUCCAACCAACUGGCCAGCAUGUACCCAGAACUCACACUGCCUCUCUUCUCGGAGGUGAGCCAGCGUUUCCCGAGCACCCACUCCAACGGGCGUCAGAUCAUGCUGUCUUACCUGCUGCCCUGGCUGGGCAACAUGGAGCUGGUGGACACGGGCCUCCUACCGCCGGCCACCAGCCCCUGCACGCCCGACGAGGAGGUCUCUCGUGGGCCCCAAGCCAGUCUGGCGGGCGUGUCGCUCUUCCUCAGGGGCAACGGCUGGGGCAGCCUGCAGGCCACCUCGCUGGUUCUCAACAACCUCAUGUUCAUGACAGCCAAGUACGGCGAUGAGGUGCCCGGGCCGGAGAUGGAGAGUGCUUGGAACGCUUUGGUGUCGAAUGAACGCUGGAGCAACAACCUGAGGAUCACCCUGCAGUUUCUCAUCAGCUUGUGUGGAGUCAGCAGUGACACCACACUCUUACCUUAUAUCAAGAAGGUGGUGAUCUACCUGUGUCGGAACAACACCAUCCAGACCAUGGAGGAGCUCCUGUUUGAGCUUCAGCAGACCGACCCUGUUAACCCCGUGGUACUGCACUGCGACAACCCGCCUUUCUACCGAUUUGCUGCCAGCAACAAGGCACCCACCUCGCAGACGGGCACUGCCUCCAGCAGCAACACCGUUGUGGUCGGACAGGAGAACCUGCUGGACACAGACGAAAGCAAACUGCUCAGGGAGAGUGACGAGCGCUGUUACAGGAGGGCGAGAACGCACAACAGGCUAGAGUCCCGCUACAGCAACAGCUCAGGAGGUUCCUACGAGGACGAGAAAACUGACCCUCUCCCGCCAUACGCUGCCUGGCUGCUGAGCGUCCUGGAGACGAAUCGCCCUCAGCCGCUGCCCAUGCCCGUAAAUGGUGGCUGCUGGGCACCGCUGGUGGACUAUCUGCCCGAGACCGUCACGCCCAGGGGACCCCUGCACAGGUGUAAUGUGGCCGUCAUUUUCAUGACAGAAAUGGUGGUGGAUCACAGCGUGAGAGAAGACUGGGCUUUGCACCUUCCCCUGCUGCUGCACGCGCUCUUCUUGGGCCUGGACCACUACAGACCGGAAGUCUACGAGCACAGCAAGCGCCUCCUUCUGCACCUCCUCAUAGCGCUGUCGUGUAACAACAACUUUCAGGUGAUCGCCUCGGUCUUGAUGUUAACCAGAGAGAGCAGCGACAACAAGACCCUGACCGUCAAGUCCGGCCACCACAGCAACCGCCGGCGCUCCAGUAAGACCCUUGCUGUCCGUCCUCCGAGCGCUUGGGACAAACAGCCCACGUCGGUUUCAGACGUGCCUGACUUCCUGCGGGAGUGCCGGGUGUCGCCCGCGGCCGAUUCGGGCCUGGGCUCGGCGUCCGACUCAUCCUCGGCCAGCCUGGGUGGUGUCAGCGCAGCGGGCAGCGUGGCCAACCUUCCCGUUGUCACGCCAGACGACCUGGAAGACCUGGAAGACGAAGGCCACGAAACGGACGAGAAGACCAACAAACUCAUCGAGUUCCUCUCCACCAGAGCCGUGGGGCCACUAUGGGUGCACGAGGACAUCACACCCAAAAACCCAAACUCCAAGAGCACCGAGCAGCUCUCCAACUUCCUGCGCCAUGUCAUCUCCGUCUUCAAGGAGUCUAAGUCAGACUUCCACCUGGAGCAGCAGCUGAGCGACGUGGCGCUGCAGACUGCGCUGUGCAGCUCGUCUCGUCACUACGCCGGUCGCUCCUUCCAGGUGUUCCGGGCGCUGGGGCAGCCCAUCAACAACCAUGCCGUGUCCGACCUGGUGUCUCGCCUCGUAGAGGUGGUGGGUGAGCACGGGGACGAGGUGCAGGGCUACGUGAUGGAAGUGCUGCUCACGUUGGAAUCGGUGGUGGUCAACCUGGCCGAGUGUCUGAAGAACAGCGACCUAAUGGCGGCGCUCACCAGGACGUCGUCUCCCGACUUUGCACUGAGCGACAAGCUGAUGAACCGGAAGAGCACGGGACAGCUCAACUUCCCCAGCCCGGGGCUGGCGGCCCUGUCGUCUCAGCGCCACCAACGCUCCUACUCGGUACCUAAAAAGUUUGGCGAGUGCGGCUACCAGUCCGGCGAACCCCCUCGCAGUGCCACUCUGGACCGUAUUCAGGCCUGCACCAGUCAUGGCCUGGCACGGGCGGCCAGGGGCCCGGGCUCCUGUGCCUCCUCCACCAAUCGCAUUGAUCCCAGCGUCCUGUCAGACCCUGCCCACGUGUCGCACCCGUCUUCCAUACUGGCCACUGUCUUCUGGGUGGCAGUCUCUCUCAUGGAGUCGGACUUUGAAUUUGAGUACCAGAUGUCACUGCGCCUGGUGCACAAGCUCCUGUCCAAGGUGCCUUUGGACCGGCCAGAGAACCGUGAGCGUUUGGAGAAGCUUCAGGCUCAGCUGAGGUGGAGUGGCUUCUCGGGCAUCCAACAGCUCCUGCUGAAGGGCUUCACCUCCCAGGCCACAUCCGACCUCACCCUGCAGCUCUUCUGCCAGCUCACGCCCGUCUCCCGCGUGCCGGUGGUGGACAGCUCGCAGUCUCUGGGUUUCCCGCUCAACGUGCUGUGUCUGUUGCCGCACCUGGUGCAGCACUUUGGGCACCCCACGCAGUUCUGCAAGGAGAGUGCGGAGAGAAUUGCACAGGUGUGUUUGGUGGAGAAAAACACCAAGCUGUCCCACCUGGCCCACGUGAUGACGCUGUACAAGACGCGUUCGUACACGCGGGACCCCUUCUCCUGGGUCAGCGUAGUGUGCCGCUACCUCCACGAGGCCUUCUCCGACAUCACGCUCAACAUGGUCACCUACAUGGCGGAGCUACUGGAUAAAGGCCUUCCCCCCAUGCAGCAGUCGCUCCUGCAGAUCAUCUACUGCUUGCUCAGCCACAUGGACCUAAGCGCCGUGCACGUCAAGCAGUUCAAUGCCGACGUCACCAAGACCAUCGAGAAGUUUGUGCAAACGGUGCACUGGAAGGACGCCCUGAACAUUCUGAAGUUGGUGGUGUCGCGCUCGGCCAGCCUGGUGCACCCGGUGUAUGGCCAGGCCCACGGCGACAUCUCCAACCUGGAGGUGAGCAGAGUGUGGGACGGCUCGGCCAAGGCGCUGCCUGGGAAAACCCUGGACUUCACCUUCGACAUCUCCGAGACGCCAGUGAUUGGGCGGCGCUUCGACACGCUCCAGGGCUCCGGCGUCAGGGAGGGCAAGGCCCGAGCCAUGGCCGUCACCUGCAGCACCUCGUCCACCUCUUCGGGGUCAAACUCCAAUACCAUCCUGGUUCCUGUCAGCUGGAGACAACCUCAGUAUUCUCAGAAGCGGACCAGAGAGAAGCUGGUGAACGUUCUUUCACUGUGUGGACAAGAAGUUGGACUGACCAAAAACCCUUCAGUGAUCUUUUCAUCCUGCGGCGACCUGGACAUGAUGAUGGAAGUGCGUGAGAGCGGCGUGUCGUCGGAGGAGGGCGGCACCAGGGAGGAUACGCUGGAGGACACGGCCAGCGAGCAGCAGUUCAGAGUUUUCAGAGACUUUGACUUCCUGGAUGUGGAGCUGGAGGACGGAGAGGGCGAGACGGUGGACAACUUCAACUGGGGUGUGCGGCGCCGAUCCCUGGACAGCACCGAGCUAGGCGACCUGCUGGAGGAGAGCCAGCAUUCGGGGAGCACGCCUAGCCUGGGACACGAAGAUCCCCAUGAUUCCGAGGAGUCCUCCGAGGAAGAGGAGUCUUCCGCCAGCCGGAGCCUGUCGCAUUCGCAGCUGACCAAUCCGUCUCCAUCGGACGAGACCAACCGCACGGACUCUCUGUCCACGUCAUACAAUACGUCUGCCGAGCCGCAGUCCUUGGGCGUCGCCGCACCGGGCCCGGGGGUACUGCUGCAUGACCACCUCAGUGGCCUCCAUGCGAGAUCGUGCGGCGGUGACGACAACGACACUCAGGCUCAGGACGACGAGCUGUCCCUGAGCACCAACGAGCUCGCCGCUGGCUCCGACUGCGGGGAGAGCUUCACCUUGGAGCUGACGGGGCAAGCGCGGGUCUGCACAUCUCCUCUGGAGCGUCGGCCUGACUAUUGCCAACCGCCGCUGGACUUUCUAGACCCCAACAGUCUGCCCAGUCUACGUGACAACGUGGAUGACUUGGAGGACCUGGGCUUCCCGCCGCCGCCGUCCCCGUUUUUCUCCGCCAUCUUGGCCGCCUUCCAGCCGGCUGUAUGCGACGAGGCAGAGGAGGCGUGGCGCUGUCAUGUCAACCAGUUGGUGACCGACUCGGACGGCUCCUGCGCCGUCUACACCUUCCAGGUCUUCUCGUCACUCUUCAGGAACCUCCAAGGGAAGUUCUGCACUUUGACCACGGACGUGGCUUCCUACCUUGGCGAGGGCUUGAGGGGAAUUGGUUCCAAGUUCCUCAAGUCCUCUCAGAUGCUGACCUCCUGCUCGGACUGCCCGACCAUAUACAUUGAUGCAGACACCAUCAUGUCUUAUGGCCUCCUGGAGAAGAUGAAGUUCAGCGCGCUGGAGCUUCAGGAGUACCUGGACACCUACAACACAAAAGAAGACGCGGCAGUCACGUGGCUGCGCAGCUGUAAGGACACAUUUCCCAGGUGCCCCGGCGACGGUGUGGUCACGUGCCAGCCUGGAGACUCUGAAGAGAAACAACUGGAGUUGUGCCAGAGGCUGUACAAGCUGCACUUCCAGCUUCUGCUGCUCUUCCAGUCCUACUGCUCGCUCAUCUGCCAAGUUCACGCCAUCAGUUCCGUGCCCGAGCUGCUCAACAUGUCCCGGGAGCUGAGCGAGCUCCACUGCUGCCUUCAGGCGGCGGAGGCAGCGGUGGCCAGCGACCUGGAGCGCGAACACCCGGCCCACUCACUUCACGCCCACGUGGCUGCGAUGGCCGUGCCCACUUUCCCAUCGUCGGAGGCGGCGGUCAAGGCCAUCCUGGAGUGUCUCAGGAACCACGAGUUCACCAAGGCCGUCCGCUACAUUCAAGAGUGCAGGCGGCGGUGGCCUCACAGCGUGUUCGGUGGUGGCGCCGAGAAGGAAGUCCAGACUCUGCUCAAUGUGUACUUCCGGCACCAGACUUUGGGCCAGACGGGCACCAUCGCCCUGGUGGGCUCUCGUCAGGACCUUGGCCUGAUCUGCUCCAAGCUGCUGGAGCUCAACGGCGAGAUCCGUGACAUGAUCCGCCGCGCUCAGGGCUACCGCGUGGUCACCACCUACCUCCCCGACUCCAGCGCCUCCGGCACCAGCCUCUGACAGUGGAGCCAGCCACCUCCCAGCGACGCUUCCCGGCGCCUUCUCUAAGCGCUUCUAGACUUUCCCCCGGUUGUUCUUUGUUUGCCCGCCCACAGUAACGUUGCAAUGAAAUCUGCCCAAAGCCCGACAUACAGACCUGAUGCUAGCGCUAACUGCGACGCCAAGACGAGGACGGCCGUCAAGGCCCCCGUCCCAGAUUUUCCCCAUUGCACUAAACCAGGGGUCACCAACAUGGUGCCCGCGGGAACCAGGUCGCACGUGAGGACCGCAUGAGUCGACUGUUCUAAAAUUAGCUAAAAUAGCGGCACUUGUCAGUGAUCUGCAUCUAUUGAUUUUACAGUCAAACCUCAGUUUUCGAACGUCCCGGUUCUCGAACAAAACGGCAUUCGAACAAAAAAUUCUAGAUUUCUUUUGCUUCGGUGGUCGAACAAAAUUUGGCGGUCGAACCUCGCGAGAGGAGCCGGGAGAACCCGAGAAAACCCGACCGCGCUGACUCCGUUGUUAUUGUAUUUUCGUUACUUUGAGGAUUGUAUUAACCCCUAAUCAUGCCUCCAAAGAAAGCAAGUGGGAGCAGUAAAGCCAUCCUAAAACACAAAGACGCUCUUAAAGCACUGCGACAGUGAGCGCCCGGCGCGCUGCGGUUGCGCGAUCGGACCAAAUUAAGCUCCCUGCGCACUGAGGUCCACUUAAAUUUUGGAAAGUACAUCAGUACUUUAAAAUUAUUUUCUAAAUUUUAGCGACGGCUUUGUUACAAUAAUGCGACCAGUCUUGAAAAGGAAUAAUUUUUUUUCCAUUAUUUGUCAUGGGAAAAAUAGAUUCGGAAUUCGACCGAUUCGCUUCUCGAACCGCCUUCUGGAACGGAUUGUGGUCAAAAACCAAGGUUUGACUGUAUUUUUGCUAUUCUUGUUAAAAUCACAGUUACAAGUGAAUUUGAAACGACAAUAACACGUAGUGAAAGUCAAAUUGAGCAAAUUGGCUAUUUCAGAAGUGUGUGUCAAACUGGUAGCCCUUUGCCUUAAUCAGUACCCAGGAAGUACCUCUAGGUUUAAGAAAGGUUGGUGACCCCUGCAAUAAGCAGACCCACAAGAGGAAGCGUUAGUCUACUGUAAUAAACAGCACACUGGAAAAACUUGACGCGAGGUGACAAAAACGACAGACUUUCUGCGUUACCGCCACCCUAAACCCUGUAGCACCUUAAUACUGUCACACCUCCAGCCCUCCCCUCCCAUUCCACGCUUAACCUGGAUGUCAAAACUGUAGCAAUUUCGGUGCAUCUUUGUAUAGAUUAAUAAUUGUACGUGCGGCUGCUGACAUUCAGCACUGACAAAGUGUGCGACUGCUGAUCACUCCCCCGCGUCCCGCAUCAGUCAUGUGACCUGCAUGCGUCCCAGAGGGUGUGUUGCAAAUAUUUAUUAGUGAGAAAUAUGAAACUUGAUUUGUUUGACUGCGCUGCUGAAGUAUGUUUGGAGCAUGCCGACGAACAGGAAGUUGCACAUUUUUCAAAAUAGAAAACAAGCUUGUUCGAUACAAGUUGGUUUUCUCCACUUUGUAAAUACUUUUACAGCCGUUGUGUGACAGCCUUUUCCGUUUAGAGUAAAAGUUGAAACAAA